AUGACUCGAACACGUGACAAGUACCGGGUUGUGUACACGGAAAAGCAGAGAAAGGGACUGGAACAGGCCUAUGAGGAAAACAAGUUUAUCACCAUGGAAACCAGAACAAAACUCUCUAAGGAGAUUGAUCUAUCGGACAGACAGAUCAAAAUCUGGUUUCAAAACAGAAGAGCAAAGGAACGCAGGGAUUCGAAGCGGUCGUCUGCUGAAGACAGCUCCACGUCCGACUCCGAUCAGAGCAACUCUUCCGGUUUCAUCGACAGCGCAUCAGUGACGUCAUCGUGUCGAUUUGGCGGCAACGAACGACGUCGCGCGGCAGUCCCCGAGGAAGGCAUGACACGAACACGUGACAAGUACAGGGUUGUAUACACAGACAGGCAGAGGAAGGGACUGGAACAGGCUUACGAGGAGAACAAGUUUAUCACUAUGGAAAUAAGAAGUAAACUGUCCAAGGAGUUGGAUCUGUCUGAUAGACAGUUUGCUGUGGUGUUUUGCUGUGGGUUUAAACUGGAGUGUCCUGAGGAAUUCUUUCGGGUUGGUGACCAUCAAUCAAACUCGUAUGUGCGGUUAACGGGGAUUAAACCCUUCUCGCCUAUACGACGUCGCGCGACAUCCUCAGAAGAAGGCUUGACUCGAACACGUGACAAGUAUAGGGUCGUAUACACAGACAAACAGAGGAAGGGAUUGGAAAAGGCGUACGAGGAGAACAAGUUUAUCACUAUGGAAACCAGAAACAAACUGUCAAAGGAGCUGGAUCUAUCGGACAGACAGAUCAAAAUCUGGUUUCAAAACAGAAGAGCAAAGGAACGAAGAGAUUUGAAGCGGUCCUCUGAUGCAGAAAGCUCAACGUCUGACUCCGAUCACAGCAAUUCUUCCGAUUUCAUCGACAGCGCUUCAAUGACGCCAUCGUGUCGAUUUGGCGGGAAUAAGAAUGAAUACACGAAAAAUACGUUGCCCAUCGCCCACUAUCACAAUGAAACCGGUACCAACACCACAACAGACCCAUUCUUUGGAUAUCAAACUGUACCAUCAUUUAUUGAUUCUCAGCCUAUGUUUUGCAGCUAUUCUUCAAGUCAUGGCGAUCUUCAUUAUGUCGACCACACGCCUCUCGACAUAUAUUCGUCUUUCCAACAGGGAGAUUAUGAGACGCUAUUUUAA